UUCUUCUUCAUCCGAAAACAAUCACAUUUUCUCAUAUAUCCAAAAACAAAAGAUUUCAAAAACCAAAACCAAAACAAGGAAAAAAAAAAUGUUGGCUAUUUUUCAAAAGGCGUUUGCUCAUCCACCGGAAGAACUAAACAGUCCGGCGUCAAAUUUCACCGGAAAAAACCCUAAGCUUCCCGGAGAAACUCUCUCUGAGUUCCUCUCUCACCAUCCCGAGACCGCUUUCUCCAUGAACUUCGGUGAUUCCGCCGUUCUUGCUUUCGUCCGCCCUGAAAACGCUCAUCACCAAAGGGUGUUUUGUGGAAUCGACGGAAUCUACUGUGUGUUUCUUGGGGCAUUGAACAAUCUAUGCGAUUUGAACAAACAGUAUGGUUUAUCUGGAAAAACCUCGAACGAAGCAAUGUUCGUGAUCGAAGCUUAUCGAACACUUCGUGAUCGUGGUCCUUAUCCAGCCGAUCAAGUUCUCAGAGGUCUCGAUGGAAGUUUUGCUUUUGUCGUCUACGAUACUCAAACCUCCUCUGUUUUCGCAGCUUCGGGAUCUGAUGGAGGAGAGAGUCUGUAUUGGGGAAUAGCAGCAGAUGGAUCUGUUGUUAUGUCUGAUGAUCUCAAGAUCAUUAAGCAAGGUUGUGCGAAAUCAUUCGCUCCUUUUCCAACUGGAUGUAUGUUUCACAGUGAUACUGGUUUGAUGAGUUUUGAGCAUCCCAAGAAUAAGAUGAAGGCAAUGCCGAGGAUCGACAGUGAAGGAGUUAUAUGUGGAGCUAACUUUAAAGUCGAUGCUUGCUCAAAGAUCAAUAGCAUUCCAAGAAGAGGAAGUGAAGCUAAUUGGUCUCUGGCGAAUUUGAGUUAAAUGGAAGGAAGAAGAAGACUAAUCGAAAACCUGAGUUGUUUGUUCUUAAUCUCUGUUCUGUUUUUGUAAAUACCCUCAACGAUGCCAACAAUAAUAAUAAACGCUCUUCAUUUUCUCUC